UUGCGUCAUGUCUAUGCGCCGGAAACGAUAGUUCCGGCCCCGGGUGCGUGGUGGCAACCCCAGCUGGGGCCGGCAUUCGCCAAGUUAGACCGACCCGGGUCGGUGUCGGGCGGCCGGGGUGACAAGCCCUCUGCUGGCCCCAGUGACGAUGGCGGUGUUUCACGACGAGGUGGAGAUCGAGGACUUCCAGUAUGACGAGGACCUGGAGACGUAUUUCUACCCCUGUCCGUGUGGGGAUAACUUCUGCAUCACCAGGGAAGAUUUGGAGAAUGGGGAAGACGUGGCAACGUGUCCUAGCUGCUCUCUCAUUAUAAAAGUGAUUUAUGACAAAGAGCAGUUUAUGUGUGGAGAAACCAUCCCAGCUCCUUCCACUAACAAAGAAUUAGUUAAAUGCUGAAAAAGACUCUAAAUCCAAAUCCUGAACAGUUGGGAAUGAGCCAAGCUGGAAAAAUCAAAUGCAAAAUUACUGGCUUCUUCAUGAGGACAACCAUUUUGUAGUUUGCUAUUCUGUGCGAGUGUGGAUUCUUUCUAUCAGAUGCUGAGUUCAUCUCCAAUUAAAGAAGCAAGUCCAUAACGUGACAUACCUGGAUUUUGUGCUUAGAACUUUGGAUUGGAAAAAGUAGUCUUAAUUUUCCAUCUGAAUUUAAAGGAAGAUAAUUUCAAAUCAGUGCUUUCUUUUCCUCAGUUUUGUUAUUUUUAUGUCUUAUAACUAUUUUAUUAUCUGAUAAUAGUAUCAUCUACCUCAAAGUCAUUAGGAUUUCUUAUUUUAAAAGGUAUUUUAUUUUUAAAUUGGUUAGUAAGAUUAUUAAAAUUAGCGCUUUUUGAAAUUUGACAUCAGCUUUGCUGUUCUAAACUUAAGAAAAUCAGUUUCCACUCCAACCCUGUCUUCUCAGUCCUGCCGCUAUUAGGAUGUUACUGUUCUGUUAAGCGUGCCUUUUCCAUUAUACUUCAUGCUUUGAGUCCUGGUCAUGGUAUUAGAAAAUACACUGAGAACACAAUUGUUUCAGAGCUAAAAGUGAGAGAGAAAAGUCAGAAAGUGAAAUAGUCAAAGAACAUGGUGUUUCCUUACCGAUAUUCUGCACGUUCCUUGAAAAUCAGGAUAAGAUAAAAAGAAAAACAGCCAAAGGAAGUGAAAUUGCUAACAGAAUGACAGGCAAAAAUCGUGCCAGUUUAGUAAAUGUUUGAAUGUUGUUGCCAGAUCAGAUACUAUUUCUUUAUCUGAGUUCUUAGUUGUUACUUUGUAGAUACAGCUAAUGAAAUUGCAUUGUAGAUAGGGGUUAAUGUCUUCAUGGCCGGAGGCAGGGCUUUUAGCAUUACCACAAAAUCAAGUCGCUACUCCUAAAAGGUAAAUCUUUUACAACUCUUGUAUUUGCUGAGGAUGAACUUGAAAGUAAGAUGCCUAUUCUAAAUAAGUACGCCCCUGAGAGCACAUCUAAUAAGCCUCUAUAAGUUGCAACCAAACCAAACAUUCGCUCUUACAGAGAAAUGUUGCCCUGUGGAAAAAGAACUAUAUAAAGACAGGCUAUCAGUCUUCCUUUGCUACAGUGCUGAGAGUAGCUAGAAAUUAGAAUUGCUUACAUGGAAAUUCAAAAAUUCCCUUUAUAAUAUACAAUUUUGCUUUGUAUAUAUAAUAAAGUUA